AUGGCAUCUGUGCCGUGUGUGCGGCGGUCUCCGCCGUUGCUGCGCCUGGUCGGCGUGGUGACCACGCUGUGCGGGGCUUCAUGGGCCUUCGCCCGUCGUCCCAGCCUUCUUCGCCCCUCGUCGCGCGGCAACGCGGGCAACGCGGGCAACGCGCUGACGCCGCAGCAACUCACAGGGCGCUUGAAAGCGGCGGAGACCUCCAACCACCUCCUUUUCCUGGUAGAACAGUACGAGAACGUCCUGAACGAGUAUCACGUCCGGGCGGCCUUGACUCGUUUAGCGCAGUCCAAUGAGACUACGACUCUCAGUGGUGAUCCCGGGUUUCGGAAGUUGCUGUCCCGCACGAGCGAACUGAUGACAACCUUCAGAUCGCAAGCCUUGGCCACGGUGCUCUGGUCUCUUGCCAAGGUGGAAUAUGAUCCGGGAGAGCCAUUCUUGCGUUCUGUCAUUGACGCCUCGCUGCCUCAGCUGAAACAGUCCAAGCCGCAGGAGAUGGUGAACAGCCUCUGGGCCUGCGCCCGUUUUGGCUACCAACCCGGUGACGCCUUCCUGGAGGCCUUAGUGGACACCAGCAGUAGUACCAUGGACGACUUUGAACCAAUGGACGUGGCCAAUCUCCUCUGGUCCUUUGCCAGGUUGGGUUUCCAUCCUGGCAACCAUUUCCUGGAUGCAGUGGUGGCUCGUUCAUUAGAAAUCGUUCAGAGUUUUGCUCCUGUGGACAUUGCAAACAUCCUCUGGGCUUUUGCCAAGUUGAAGGUAGACGAAGGGGAGCGGCUGAGACCUUUGUUGCAGCAGGCGGAAGAACAGCUGGACAGCUUUGAACCUGCAAAGCUGGCGAGUCUCUUGUGGUCCUGCAACAAGUUGCAGCUGGACCCCAGCCUGGUGCUGCUGCGCGCCUUGCCGUGCCGCAGCAACCGGGAACUCACAGAGCUCCGUCCGCGGGGCUUGUCCUACGUCCUAUGGGUUUAUGGCUUGCUUGGCCAUAAUCCAGGCACGGCCUUUUUGCAGCGCGUCAUGGAGAAGCUGAGCAGAACAGUGCCAGCCUUUGACUACUGCGGGGCGCAAGGCCUUUCGGGCAUCCUGUGGUCUUGCGCCCGCUUCAAUUAUGAUCCGGGCGAAGAACAGGUGACAGCUUUGCUCUCUUCGGCCCAGCAGCACUUGCUGCAGUUCACUCCAGCGCAGUUGACUCGACUCCUCUGGGCCUGUGCCAAGCUGCAACGGAGGCCCAGAGAAGAAUUUCUGCAGGCAUGGUUGGAGCAGGCAAGAAAGCACCUGCCGGACUUUGAAGCUGAGGAGCUGCUACUUUGCCAUCGCAGUUUCAAUCAGUUGAACUUCACUGAGGGAGAAGUUGCUGGUCUGCGGAUGGAUUGGAACUAGUGAGAACCCCCUUCAGAAAUUGGGGUUCAUCAUACCCCGAGACUGCGAAGGCUUUGAUGAAACCGACUUGAUCCGAGCGUGGCCCUCCAGUGCCGACACAGCGGCCUGGUGUGGUCAUCGCGGCUGAGGGCGAAUGGCGAGCCCAUUGUACAUAGUUUCGGUUUAGAUGUCCCAAAAAAGCCCAAAAAAGUGAGUUGAUAGGCUUGGAUAUUG